CGGGUCUCCCUCUCCGGCGCCAUGGUGGUCUUCAACGGGCAGCUGAAGAUCAGGAUCCGCGAGGCGCUGGACCUGAAGCCCACGGCUUGGUCCCUGCGUCACGCCGUGGGUCCGAAGACCCAGACCUUCCUGCUGGACACGUACAUCGCGCUGAACGUGGACGACUCGCGCGUGGGUCAGACCUCCACCAAGCAGAGGACCAACAGCCCCACGUGGAACGACGAGUUCACCACGGAGGUCAUCGGCGGCCGGAGGAUAGAGCUGUCCGUCUUCCACGACGCCCCGAUCGGCUACGACGACUUCGUGGCCAACUGCAUCAUCCAGUUCGAGGACAUCCUGCACAGCGGCAAGAAGCACUACGAGGACUGGGUGAGUCUGACCCACGGGUACCCACUGUGGGAGAGCUGCACACACCAAGACACACAGACAAAUGUCAUAUAUGUGUCAGUUAAGCCAUUGCUCCCCCAUCCCCACCAACCCACUUAA